UAUGUCUUCAUAGAUUACACACAUUCCGCUUGCAGAAAUACCUAUCAGAGCUUUAAUGGAAUGGAUCGUGAUUAUGGCCCUGGAUCUUAUGGAGGGAUGGAUCGUGACUAUGGCCAUGGAUCCUAUGGGGGUCAAAGAUCCAUGGACUCCUACCUAAACCAGUCAUAUGGCAUGGACAAUCACAGUGGUGGUGGUGGGGGUAGCAGGUUUGGACCUUAUGAGUCUUACGACUCCAGGUCUUCUCUGGGUGGGCGAGAUCUGUACAGAUCUGGCUAUGGUUUUAAUGAGCCCGAACAAAGCCGCUUCGGAGGUAGUUAUGGUGGUCGCUUUGAGAGCUCCUACCGGAAUAGCCUUGACUCUUUCGGAGGUAGAAACCAGGGCGGGUCUAGCUGGGAAGCACCUUACUCCCGUUCAAAAUUGAGGCCUGGGUUUAUGGAGGACAGAGGAAGAGAGAGUUACUCUUCCUGCAGCGGUUUUUCUUCACCCCACAUGAAGCCUGCACCUGUAGGCUCUCGGGGGAGAGGAACGCCUGCUUAUCCUGAGAGUACGUUUGGAAGCAGAAACUAUGAUGCUUUUGGAGGACCAUCAACAGGCAGAGGCCGAGGCCGAGGACAUAUGAGUGAUUUUGGAAGCAUUCAUAGACCUGGAAUUGUUGUUGACUAUCAAAACAAACCCACCAAUGUGACAGUUGCUGCUGCAAGAGGAAUAAAGAGAAAAAUGAUGCAACCAUUUAAUAAGCCUAGUGGGACCUUUGUCAAGAAACCCAAGCUGGCAAAGCCCGUGGAGAAGACGAGCCUCAGCAAGUCGCCCAGUAACAAAAACUGACCCAAAAAUGAAGAAGAAGAAAAACGACGAAUUGAAGCUCGGCGGGAGAAACAAAGGCGCAGGAGAGAGAAGAACAGUGAGAAGUACGGGGAUGGAUACAGGAUGGCAUUUACAUGUUCAUUUUGUAAAUUUCGAACAUUUGAGGAAAAAGAUAUUGAACUGCAUCUGGAAAGUUCUUCACACCAGGAAACACUAGAUCAUAUUCAGAAACAAACCAAAUUUGAUAAAGUAGUUAUGGAGUUUUUGCAUGAAUGUAUGGUUAAUAAGUUUAAAAAAACAUCUAUUCGUAAGCAACAGACAAAUAAUCAAACAGAAGUAGUCAAAAUAAUUGAAAAAGAUGUCAUGGAAGGUGUUACUGCAGAUGAUCACAUGAUGAAAGUGGAGACGGUCCACUGUAGCGCAUGCAGUGUGUAUAUCCCUGCUUUGCACAGCUCCGUUCAGCAGCACUUAAAAUCUCCCGAUCACAUCAAAGGGAAGCAGGCUUAUAAGGAACAAAUAAAAAGAGAAAGUGUCUUGACUGCUACAAGCAUUUUAAAUAAUCCAAUAGUGAAGGCACGAUACGAACGUUUUGUUAAGGGUGAGAAUCCUUUUGAAAUUCAAGAUCAUUCUCAAGAUCAACAAAUAGAAGGAGAUGAGGAGGAGGAAGAAAAGAUUGAUGAGCCUGUUGAAGAAGAGGAGGAAGAGGAGGAGGAAGAGGAGGAAGUGGGGGAAGGGGAGGAAGGGGAGGAAGUGGAGGAAGUGGGGGAAGGUGGAGGAGUAGAAGGAGUAGGGGACACAGAGGAAGGAGGGGACACAGAGGGAGUGGGGGAGGAGGGGGCUCUGGGGGGAGCAGAGGGAGGAGAGGGGGUCGGGGAAGGGGAGGACGCAGAGGAAGAAGAAGCCAAGGAGGAGCCUGUUGGCUUCCCUGUUGACCAACCUGAAGAAAAUUAAAUGUAAGGUGUUAGUCAGAUUUAAAAGAAGCUUUAAAUUUCUGUCCCAAUGUGGAAAAUGGUAAGAAUUUUAAUAGUUUAAAUAUGAGAGUUAACACCAUGUUGCAUGCAUUCCACACAUUACAAUUUGUUUUAUAUAAUUUCUAAACGUUUGACAUUUGUUUAAUAAAAUGAAGGUAAGACUAUUUUAGUUUUUAUAGCUACCAAACUUAGAUUCGAUAAAUUGUUUGUAUAAUUUUUAAGCUUAAUUUUUAUUACUUUAUUGGUGUUAAGGAUAACAGAUGUGUAUUGUUAGUAUAUCUAUUCUAAUCAUUUGAACUUAAAUGCUGCUCUUGGGAGUGUAUAUUCAAGUGUGCAUUAAUGUUUUGAAUACUUACCCUAGAAGAGAUAAAUUGGGCAAGUAUUUUGUGCUCUGUGUAUUUUUUUACGGCAUUGGACAUUGAAUAGUAAUUUGCGUUAAGAUACGCUUAAAGGCUUUUUGUGACCAUGUUUCCCUUUGUAGCAAUAAAACGUUUUUUACAAAAACUCCCUGGAUUAGCAAUUUUAAAUGAAACAAUUCAUCAGUUAAAUGAGUAUAUAAAAUCAGGAUUUGCCUUAACGUAUGAGUUCAGCUCUCAAGUGUUUUAAGAUAAUUGAGAAGAUGUGAAUUAAAGAAAAAAUUUACUUCGCUUUUUUUAAGUAUAAUUAAAAUAUUUUUUAACAUAUUUCAAUUAGAGGUCAGUCUAUAACUGACCUGUUUAUACUUGUUUUAAUUCAUUUCUUUUCUCUGUGCCUGUGUCAGAUCUUGAAAUCUUCUUGGAAAUAUAUUUGAAUACAAAUAAUUUUUCAUAGUUGUGUUAGUUCUUUUGUUAUGCCUGUUUUUUGGUUGAAGAGUCAAGAAGCAAAAGUAUCACUUUUUUAGAAAGAAUCAUUUCUCCCUUGAAUAUUUCUUUCAUUUUUGUAGCUCAUAUGCUUACAUACUCAACAAGAGAAGACGAGAUUGAUAGGUGAUCUAUUUCCAAGUAACCAUCUACGUCACUGAAAAAAGCCGUGCUCUUAUUUGAAUCCUUCCUCUGGUCUCUUUUGAGAGGAGGACCCUUCCAGUGAACUUAGCUUCUCAAAAUUCUGAGGCAUUGAAUGGACGAACAUACGGAUAUGUUAAGUAAUUCUGAAGCAUUCAGUGGAUGGAUGGAUGGGCAUUUGUGGAGUUUCACAGAUAAUGUAUCUUUUUGCAUAUAACAAGAGUUUUUGAAAAACAGUUUUUGAGGUCAAUUUGGGUUUAUUGUCAUGGGCUAGAUUUGCGUAUCUGUAAGUUGGGAAAAUCCCAUAGGCAUUUAUAUCCGUUUGUAAGGAACUGGAGCCAAAUAAGAGGUUAGUUGAAGACUGGAGAAAUCUGGAUCCUAUCCGGGAGUCUGCAUCUACCCGCACAGGCCUCCGGAGCCUCGUGCUCAGGAGCGCAGGGCUUGAUGAACCUUCUUGUUUCUCCUUUAUUUUAAAGUACUUGUGGACGGGCUCAGGU